AUGGAAAAGGCGCAGCAAAAGGAAGCGUCCCAGGACAAUGAUUCGGCUGACUUCAAGAAGGCGCAAGAAACGACCAAGCGCAAGGAACCUGAUGGACCCAUCCUCAAGGGGGACACCACCGACCAUGACCCGCCGGGGAGCAAGAGGCGCCAGCUCAGCUCCGACGAUUUCAUAGAGGCCAAGGAAGAAGCUGGUGGGAGAGAUCUCCUCUGGGCAUGA